AUGGUAAAAUGCCCCACCUGCGGGAAGACUUUCUCCUGCAAGAAACACCUACACAAACAUCUGUUGGUACACUCGGACGACUUCAAACACAAGUGCUGCACUUGUGGAAAAGGUUUCAAAGCUGCCUAUAACAUGCGGGUGCACAUGAGGUCGCACGAAGCCGUGAAGCCUUUCCAGUGCUCGAUUUGCUUGAAGACUUUCACUACCAAGCACCUGGUUGAAAGCACUUCCAUCGAGUACCCUUGUGAGAUAUGCCAUAGAGUAUUCGACAGCCUGGACUUUCUCAAUAUACACAGGAGUUGCAUAACGCCCAGAUUCAAUUGUCGUCACUGUCCUUAUGCUUUGCCUUGCGAAUGUCCACAAGUGGACAAAACGUGCUUUUAUUGCGGUGAUUUCGUUUCCAUCGAGGACAUUCUCGGCCAUCUGUGUUUCCACGGCGUCUUGAAACAAAAGACAGCUGUCAAAUUGUAUUUCUGUCCGGUCUGCCGAAAACCGUUCUCGAAUGGAACCAAUAUGCAGGAACACCUCAAGAUGGUUAGAGUGAUAAUUUUAUGUCAAAUGUGCCUUGACUUCGUCCACGAGGAUCAUACCUGCGACGACCAAUUUUGGAGAUGCGCUUUUUGCAAGAAGCCUAUGAGAAAAAGGAUAUCGAAGAAAAUGGUGGACCACAUUUGCUUCCACGAGUACACCGAGAAAGAUUUGGAGAUUCUCGAGAAAAGUGAACUGUCGGAAUGCGACAAGUGCGGUUUGAUGCUCCACAAGAAGAAGAUGGCGAACCAUUUGAAAACGCACUUAUUCGUGAAGUGCAACAUUUGCGGGGAAGUUAAGACGAAGUCGACGUUACGGACCCACCUUCGGCAGGUGCACCAACGAGUGGAAUGCGAAUUUUGCGAUCAGUGUUUUGAUAGCAAACUGAAGUAUCGGAAUCACUGCGGUGCCGAACAUUCGACCAGAAUUUGCGAUAUUUGCGGCACCACUUUAACCACUUCUCAGGGACUCUGGAGACACAAGCAACGAGUUCACGGUAAUCGAGAUUUCAAAUGCAGCGAUUGCGAACUGAGUUUUGCAACGCGUUGUUACCUCAAGCGACACAUGCUGGUGCAUGGCAACGAGUACAAGCACAAGUGUCCGGAGUGCGGCAAAGGGGUUAAGAACAAAUUCAACUUGAGGGUUCAUAUGAGAUCUCACGAUAAGGUGAAACCCCUGGAUGAGAGCACUUCCCUUGAGUACCCUUGUGAGAUAUGUCAUAGAUUAUUCGACAGCCUGGACUUUCUCAAUAUACACAGGAGUUGCAUAACGCCCAGAUUCAAUUGUCUUCACUGUCCUUAUGCUUUGCCUUGUGAAUGUCCACAAGGGGAAAAAACUUGCUUCUAUUGCGAAGAUUUCGUUCCAAUCGAGGACAUUGUCAGCCAUCUGUGUUUCCACGGCGUUCUGAAACAAAAGGCAGCGGUCAAAUUGUAUUUCUGUCCAGUCUGCCUAAAACGGUUCUCGAAUGGAACAAAUAUGCAGGAGCACCUCAAGAUGGUAAGAGUCUUCAUUUUCUGUCAAGUUUGCCUCGACUUCGUCCACGAAGAUCAUACCUGUGAGGACCAAUUCUGGAAGUGCGCUUAUUGCAGGAAGGGCAUAAGGAAUAAAGGAAAGAGAAAAAUAGUGGACCACAUCUGCUUUCACGAGAAAAACGAGAAAGAUUUUGAGAUUCUGAAGAAGAGUGAACUGUCUGAAUGCAACAAGUGCGGCUUGUUGCUCCACAAGCUGAAGAUGGCGAACCAUUUGGAAACGCACUUAGUUAUGGAAUGCAAAAUCUGCAAAAAAUUGAUGACGAAGUUGACGAUACGAACUCACUUAGAGAAGGUGCACCACCAAGUAGGAUGCGAAUUUUGCGAUCAGUGUUUUGAUAGCAAAGAGAAAUACCGAAAGCAUUGCAGUACUAAGCACUCGCGCACAAAUUGCGAUAUUUGCGGCACUAUGUUUGCAACUAUUCGGAGCCUAGAGAGACAUAAGCUACUAGCUCACCAUAAUGGAGACUUCAAAUGCAGCGAUUGCGAACAUAGUUUUGUAAAGCCUUCGUUCCUCAAGCGACACAUGCUGGUGCAUGGCAACAAGCACAGGUGUCCGGAGUGCGGUAAAGGGGUUAAAAACAAAUACAGCUUGAAGGUUCACAUGAGCCUGGUUGAGAGCACUUCCCUGGAGUACCCUUGUGAGAUAUGCCAUAGAUUAUUCGACAGCCUGGAUUUUCUCAAUAUACACAGGAGUUGCGUAACGCCCAGAUUCAAUUGCAUUAAAUGUCCUUAUGCUGAUAUUUCCUCUCUUUGCAAAUGUCCACAAGUGGACAAAACCUGCUUCUAUUGCGGAGAUUUCGUUCCAUUCGAGGACAUUGUCAGUCAUCUCUGUUUCCACGGCGUACUGAAGCAACAGGCAGCUGUCAAAUUGUAUUUCUGCACAGUCUGCUUGAAACCAUUCUCGAAUGUGACCAAUAUGCAGGAACACCUAAAGAUGGUCAGAGUGUUCAUUUUCUGCCAAGUUUGCCUCGACUUCGUCCGCGAGGAUCAUACCUGCGAAGACCAAUUCUGGAAGUGCGUUUAUUGCAAGAAGCCGAUAAGAAAUAAAAGAUUCAAGAAAAUAGUGGACCACAUCUGCUUUCACGAGAACAACGAGAAAGAUUUCGAGAUUCUGAAGAAGAGUGAACUGUCUGAAUGCGACAAGUGCGGCUUGGUGCUCCACAAGAAGAAGAUGGCGAACCAUUUGGAAACGCACAUAUUCGUAGAAUGCAAAAUCUGCGGGGAAUUUCGGACGAAGUCGACGUUACGGGCCCACCUAGAGAAGGUGCACCACCAAAUAGAAUGCGAGUUUUGCGACCAGUGUUUCGAUAGCAAAGUGAAAUACCGAAAACACUGCAGUGUCGAGCACUCUGACAGAGUUUGCGAUAUUUGCGGCAUUAUGUUGGCCACUUCUUCGGGCCUCAGAAAACACAAGCAACGAUCUCACGGUAAUCGAAACUUCAAUUGCAACGAUUGCGAAAUGAGUUUUCCGACGCCUUCUUACCUCAAGCGUCACAUGCUAGUGCACAGCAACGAGUUCAAGCACAAGUGUCCGGAGUGCGGUAAAGGGGUUAAGAACAAAUGCAACUUGAAGGUUCAUAUGAGAUCUCACGAUAAGGUGAAACCGUUCGAAUGCCUUAUCUGCAACAAAACUUUCACCACCAAGCAAUGGAGGGAUAACCAUCUGAAGACCCACAAAGCGGAAUAA